AUAGUAUAGUUGAGAAGUAAUAAUUUAUAUUUCAUUCAUACAUAGUUUAAAACAAUCUAAUUUUCAAAAAUUAGAUUGACAGAAGUAGACCUGUCAUUCGAUAGAAAAAAAAAACGUUACGUUUAAUAUCGUAACGUCAUAAUUUGAAUGGUGAAAUCAUAAAUUUGUGGUUUUAAAAUGGAAGAAUUAUAACAUCAAAUAAAAGACUAUAAAUUCUAUAUUAUAACAAUAAAUAGGUAGUUAGUAUGAACAGAUUUAUUCAAGUGGGUGUGUUGUGUUAUAUAUUAUUUGUUGUAUUUUUAAUAGUAGACUUUGGAUGUGCCAAUAGCGAUAACAAUUUACACUACAGGCCUCGGAGAUAUCUAAGUUUUAAAAACAACACACAAUUCUUUCUCCGUCUAAACUUCAAAGCCAACAUGGUGUGGUGGAACCAGAUCUUCGCGCAGGCGUUAGGGUUCCGCAUAAACUGGAUGGAGCCGCCCGACACCUUCCAUCCAUACCACCAUCUGUAUAGACGAUCGGUUUACAGGAAUUUAGAGGUUUUAUUAGAUAAAAAUGGUCUGAAUGGUUUCCACUGCGUUCGACGAGCAAUUUGUGAGAUAGGAGUCAUUGGUGAAACGAGUAGCUUGUAUUACAGGAUUUUGAAAAUGGUUUUCAGGCAUCAGUCGUCGUCAACAGAUAAAUGGCAUAACGUGCCUGAUGAAGAAUGUCCUACGUCGAUCAUUUCUUGCCCAUUUUCCUUAUUAGAUGUGUCUCUUUACACUGAUAUGUAGUAAUAAACGACCUCCGUGGCCGAAUGGUCAUCAUGCCGGACUGCUACACUGGAGAUCUCGGGUUCGAAUCCCGGUCAGGUCAAAAAUGGACAUAUAUAUAUGUAGUACCGUUGAGUUCGUAUCCCAUAACACAAGUUUCGAACUUACUUUAGGUCUAACUCAAUCUGUGUGAUUUGUCCCUACAUAUUUAUAUUGA